AUGAAACAUAUUGCCAUUGAUCUUCACUUUGUUCGUGAUCUUGUCACUCAAGGCCUUCUCAAGGUCGCUCAUGUUUCCACUAUUGAUCAGUUAACCGAUGCCUUGACGAAACCUCUUUCUCUCCAGCACUUCCAUUUACUUCGUUCCAAGAUUGGAGUCACCGACAACGGCUUCAUCUUGUGGGGGCGUAUAAGGGAAGCUGAACGUGUAUCGAAUAUUGCCUAUGACCUUGAAAAUGGCAAGUGCUCUCCGGUUAAAGAUCAAUAUGCGCGGGUUUACAUUACCAUUGGAGAUGGAGGGAAUAUUGAAGGCUUGGCAACCAAUGUGAGGGAGCCACAGCCAGCUUACUCAGCUUAUAGAGAGGCCAGUUUUGGUCAUGCCAUUUUCAACAUCAAGAACCGAACUCAUGCCUUCUACGGUUGGCUCGAUGAUGGAGUUGCAGUAAAAGCCGAUUCUAUGUGGCUUUUCAACAGAUUUGACCAUCCUGUUGAUGAUUCUACAAGUUCCCAAUCAUGA